AACAUUAGAAGGAGCCGUCGUCGCAGUAAAAGUCGAGGAGAAAGAGCAGAAGAGCGUUGGUGGAGGCGUUUGGAGAGCGGAGAGGCGGCGAGUGAGUAGAGUAGAGUGCGAGAUCGAUUGCGCCAUUCAUGGCCGGUUUAGAUCGGCUAUAAGGUCGAGUAGAGCUAGUUCCGAUGAUGGAAAACGACGGCGGCUCCGGCCAUGCUCAGCAUCAGCAGCAGCAUCAAAUCUCCUUAGCCAUGCUACAUCCUUCUCUUUCUUCCACCGCUCAGAUGCAAGCGAGUUUCAAUAUGAGGGAAAGCAAGCUAGAGAUCGGAUCUUAUGAUCUAGGAGAGUUGGAUCAAGCUUUAUUCAUGUAUUUGGAUGGUCAGCAGGAUAACCAAACAUCAGCUCAAGAACACAGACAGGCUCUUGUUUGCAGAGACUCUCGACAUUUUUCCUUCUCAGCCCAUGCAUGUGGAACCGACGAUAAAGGAUGGAAUAAGCUUGACCUCUUCUGCAAACAGUGGUUCUAAGAACUCGGAGAAAGCCAUGGAAUUCAGCAACGUUAAAAGAGAUCCCCCAGAAAAGGAUGGCAAAGCACAACUCGUUAAAAAGGAAGGGAAAAGAAAGGGAAUUGAAGGUCCCAAGUCAUCAGACCCUAAGAUACUGAGAAGGCUUGCUCAGAAUAGGGAGGCAGCCAGGAAGAGCCGACUUAGGAAGAAGGCUUACAUUCAACAACUAGAGACAAGUAGAAUUAAGCUCACUCAGCUUGAACAUGAGCUUCACAGAACAAGAGCACAGGGUUUAUUACUUGGUGGUGGAGGUAUUCUUGGGCAUCAAGGCAAUCCCACCGGUCUUAAUGGGUUAAUCUCAGAAGAGGCCAUGUUUGAUAUGGAGUACACGAAGUGGCUUGAGGAGCACCAUCGACUAACAUGCGAGCUCCGAGCGGCGGUUCAGGAGCAUUUGCAGGAGAACGAGCUGCUGAUGUAUGUGGAGAGCUGCAUGGCGCAUUACGAUCAGAUGCUGCACCUCAAGAACAUGGUGAUCAAGUCGGACGUCUUCCACCUCAUCUCCGGCAUGUGGAUGACCCCCGCCGAGCGUUGCUUCAUGUGGAUGGGCGGCUUCCGCCCCUCCGAGCUCAUCAAGAUUCUCUUGAGCCACAUCGACCCAUUGACGGAGCAGCAGAUACUGUCAGUGUGUGGCGUGCAGCAGUCGAUGCAGGAGGCAGAGGAAGCAUUGAGUCAAGGCCUUGAAGCCCUUAAUCAAUCUCUCUCGGAAACCAUCACCUCCGACGCAUUCAACUGCCCUUCCGACAUGGCUAAUUACAUGACCCACAUGGCCAUCGCCAUGAACAAGCUCACCACUUUAGAAGGCUUCGUUCGACAAGCAGAUAGCUUGAGGCAGCAGACACUUCACCGGCUUCACCAAAUCUUGACGACGAGGCAGAUGGCCCGAUGCUUGUUAGCCAUGGCUGAAUAUUUUCAUCGGCUUCGUGCACUCAGCUCACUUUGGCUUGCUCGACCGAGGAACGGCUAAUUACAAUGGAUCAUGAUUAGCAUGCAUCGGCCAGCUGAUUAAAAGGUUUAACCUUAGCUAGCAAGCUAGUUGUUUGUCCAAGACCGCAGUUAAUGUAUUCUAUGGUCACGAACGAGCAAGAAAAGAAGAGAGAGCAAAUGCACUGCCCAUUUGAAUCCUAUUCAGAGGGAUGUAUAGAUGUACGAUCACUGAAUGAAGUUAUACACUGGGGAAAAUGUUUCACACCCUCUUAACCUCUACAGUCUUGUCUCUAAUAUACUUGGAAGAUCAUGGUAUGCCCCUUCCAAAUUUUGAUGCUUGCUCUUUUAUUGCUUUCCCAAUUAAAGAUAGGGUAGGUUGCCUAUCAAUGGCAUAGUCAGGAUCUUCAACUGUCCUGGACUAAAUAACUAGAGGCGGUUUGACUCACCACUGAUUGUAUUAUUGUUGGAGAAUACAAGAAGUCAGUUACUUAUGCUGGAGAACAAUGCGAUUGGUAGUCAUCAACAUUUGGAGGGCCGCACUAUGCUCAAUAUAUUAACUCUAAACCCUAAAAUUGCUAGCCUGCACUGGGCGUAUUAACCUAAAAAUAGUUGGGUUGCAUUGGGUUGGAGCACAAUGCAACCUAGCACUGGCUACACCAGUGUUGCCUAUGUUGGAGCACCUUCUAGUAUAU